UACUCUUUGCCUUUUCCUAUCUUCAGACAUUGAAGAAAAAUGGCUUCUGGAGCAUUGUUUGGAAGUACUGGGCGUUCUCAAAGCAAAAACCUGGUCGAAUUUAGGGCCGGGAAAAUGUUUAUGAAGGGUAAAAUGGUACACCCUGAUAAGAGGAAGGGACAGGUGUAUGUAUACCAGUCAGAUGACGCCCUGAUGCACUUCUGUUGGAAAGACCGCACCACAGGGACCGUUGAAGACGAUUUGAUAAUAUUUCCAGAGGACACAGAGUUCAAGCAUGUGCCCCAAUGUACCACUGGUAGAGUAUAUGUUCUUAAGUUCAAGUCUCCAGCCCGCAAGUUCUUCUUUUGGAUGCAGGAACCCAAGACUGACAAAGAUGAAGAGUUUUGUAAGAAAGUGAAUGACAAUUUGAACAACCCACCCACCCCAGGUUCAAGCAGAGGUGGCGGCCUGGGAGCUGGUCUACCCUCAGAACUCAGUGGACUAGGGGAGUCAGAUUUGCAGAGUAUCCUUGGUGGAAUGAGCCAGCAGCAGUUCAUGCAACUGAUUGGGGGAAUGGGGAUGGGAGGUCCAGGAGGAGGGUUGUCUGCCCUGAUGGGAGGUCGACCCAGUAGUGCACAGUCCACUGCAUCAGAACCGCCCAUGAGGGUACAGUCUUCCCCAGGGACAAGAGGAAGUGGGGGUGGAUCCGAGUCCUCCCAGAGACCUGUGACGGCAGCAGCCCUACCUUCACAGACCCCUACUACCACUGCUUCCCAACCAGCAGGUGCUGGAAACACCACACCGAGACAAGCUAUAAGGCUUAGUGACCUACAGAACAUACUCUCCACCAUGAAUGUGCCCUCUGGACCCUCCAAGGACCAGGUGGACCUAGUGAGUGCUCUGAACCCUGAGUCCAUGAUACCCAUUCUGGCCAAUAAAGAAGUACAGGAGAGACUGAUUAAGUUUCUCCCCGAGGGUGAGUCCCUCCCUAAAACUGAGGCUGAGCUCCGAAACACCGUACAGUCUCCUCAGUUCCAACAGGCCCUGUCUUCAUUCAGUUCUGCCCUUCAAUCUGGUCAGUUAGGACCCCUGAUGUCACAGUUUGACCUUGGGGAGGAUGUGGCCACUGCUGCAGCACAAGGAGAUUUAGAAGCUUUUGUGAAGGCUAUGCAAGAACAACAGAAGAAGAAAGAUGAGAAAAGAGAAAAGAAGGAAGAAAACAUGGAUACUGAUUAAGAUUUCUUCAUAUGAUAAACUUUAAGUUUAUUGAAAAAAUAAUUACUGAUAUAAGUAUUGAUUUGGAAAGAAAUAUCCAUAUUAGAAUAAAUCUGCAUAUUAACCUCA